GAUGCACUUAAAACGCCAUAUAGACUUAAAUGAGUCAAAUAGGGUUACUCUACUUUCUAUUCUACUAUCAAUAUCAACAACAAAAACGUCCAUCUCAUUCUAGAGCUUCUGUAUUCCCACCAUUGAAGCAAGCAGAGCUAGAAAUGAGGUCAGUUUCUCUAAUCUUCUUCUUCUUCCUCCUUACUCUGUACAUUUCCAUGUCCAUGGUCAGAUCAUCUUCAAUGAGAGAUGCCGCCCUUCUUCUCCGACCAAUAAACAAUGGCCGUCUCAUUGACCAAGAUACCCAUCUUCAAAACUGGGCUCAAACCACUCCAAACCCACCCUGCGAUUGGACUGGUAUCACCUGCCACCCACAAAACGGCGCCGUUGUUUCAAUCUCCCUCGACAGUUUCAAUCUCGCCGGACCUUUCCCCGACGAUUUCUGCCGGAUUACUACCCUACAGAGUCUCUCUUUAGGAGAUAACAGUUUGAACGGCACUCUGACCGCAGAUUCAAUCUCUCUAUGUAACACUCUUCUUUUCUUGAAUCUCUCUUCAAAUUACUUCACCGGAGAGUUGCCGGAGUUUUCCCCUGUCUUUUCCAACCUUACUACGCUUGAUCUCUCUUACAACAACUUCUCCGGCGAUAUUCCGACCAGUUUUGGAAUGUUUCCGUCGCUAAAGGUACUCAGUCUGUACGCUAAUAGUCUCACCGGACCUGGGCCUGUGCCGGAGUUCAUUACUAAUCUCUCUCAAUUAACACGGCUUGAUCUAGCUUAUAAUCCUUUCAUGCCAAGCCCACUUCCUGAAUCAAUCGGGAACUUAACAAAACUUGAAUAUCUAUGGCUUGCACAGACAAAUCUCGUCGGUGUUAUUCCUGAUUCGAUUGGUCAUUUGUUUCAACUUAAGAAUCUCGACCUUACCAAGAACAAUCUCACCGGCAGUAUUCCGGAAGGUAUUAGCCGGUUGAUUAACAUAGAACAAAUCGAGCUUUAUCAAAACCAAUUGUCCGGUGAAUUGCCUGAUGUUUUCUCGAACCUGACAUUAAUGAUUCAACUUGACUUUUCUCAGAACAAUCUCACCGGUAAACUACCCUUAAGUCUUGCUAAAUUGCAUCUGCAAUCACUCAAUCUGAAUGAUAACAGCCUUUCCGGCGAGAUUCCGGAUGCCAUUGCUUCUAAUCCUAAUCUUUCAGUACUAAAGCUUUUCAACAACAGAUUUUCAGGCAAAUUGCCGGGGAAGUUGGGUGAGAAUUCAAGCCUAAUGGAUUUUGAUGUCUCAGGAAAUGAACUUGAAGGAAUGAUUCCAUUGAAUCUCUGUCACUAUAAGAAUCUCGAACGACUGGUCCUUUUCAAUAAUCAAUUUUCAGGUCCAAUUCCUGAGUUAUUCGGAGAUUGUCAUUCUCUCAAUUAUGUUCGAAUUGAGAACAAUAGACUAUCGGGUUCAGUUCCUUCAGGUUUCUGGAGCUUGCCAGGACUACAACACCUUCAGUUAGAAAACAAUGCCUUCUCAGGCCAAAUUCCAUCGCUAUUCUCUAACGCAAUGGGCUUAACCACGAUGUGGAUCGCCGGGAACAACUUUUCAGGCCAGCUUCCAUCCGAAAUCUGCCAUUUAUCGAAUCUAGUAGACGUGGAUAUGAGUAGAAAUCAGUUCUCUGGAGCAUUACCUACUUGCAUCACUAAUUGGAAACACUUGGAGAAUCUUUAUUUACAAGGCAACAAAUUAGAAGGUGAAAUUCCCAUCAAUGUUACUAACUGGAGACAUCUGGUUGAGAUGAACUUGUCUAACAAUCGUUUCCACGGCGAAAUCCCUAGUGAUCUCGGACAUCUCCCUGAUCUUCUGUACCUGGAUCUUUCCCGGAACUUGUUUUCCGGGAAUAUUCCGCCUGAGCUGACAAAGCUGAAGCUCAAUGUAUUCAACGUCUCAAAUAACUACCUCCAAGGAGAAGUCCCAGCCGGUUUCGACUCCGAGUACUUCCUUUCUAGCCUAAUGGGAAACCCGGGUCUGUGCAGUCGCAGUCUAAAACCACUUCCUAAAUGCCAUAAACCCAAACCCUUCAAUUCUCACUUGGUGGGUCUGGUAGUGGCCUUCUCUGUAAUACUCACCAUAUUACUUGUAUGGCUUGUAAAGUCGAAAACGUUCAAACUACUCUUGGGCAAACGGAAAUCGCCUCUAACGAUGACUUCAUUCGAGCAGGUUCGGUUUAGUGUAGAAGAAAUAUUGGAAUCCUUGACUGAUGGUAAUCAGAUAGGUGAAGGUGGUUCUGGUCGGGUUUAUAGACUGCAACUGAAGAAGACAGGACAGGUAUUGGCAGUUAAGAGGCUAUGGUGGGGAGGGAACAAGAAGAGUGAAGAGAACGCAGACGAAGUGUUCCGAUCGGAGAUCGAGACGCUAGGAAGGGUUCGCCACGGGAAUGUGGUGAAGCUUUUGUUCAGUUGCAUAGGGGAAGAUAUUAGGAUAUUAGGGUACGAGUACAUGGAAAACGGAAGUUUAGCCGACGUUUUGCAUGGGGAGAAAGGGGGUAUGGAUUUGGAUUGGGGAAAGAGGUUUACUAUAGCAGUCGGGGCUGCACAAGGACUGGCUUAUCUUCAUCACUAUUGUGUGCCGCCGAUUGUUCACAGGGAUGUUAAGUCGAAUAACAUUCUUCUGGACGAAUAUUUUGUGCCGAGGCUUGCUGAUUUUGGACUCGCCAAGUCCUUACAUGGGGAUGGGGAUGACGACAAGCGGGUUUCUCGUGUUGCAGGCUCUUGUGGCUACAUUGCCCCAGAGUAUGGCUACACAAUGAAGGUGAAUGAGAAAAGUGACGUUUACAGUUUUGGGGUGGUUCUCUUGGAAUUGGUUAGCGGUAGAAGGCCAACUUCUGAGUCGUUCGGAGAGGGUAAGGAUAUUGUUAAGUGGGCUAGAGAAGGUGCUUUGUUAUCGUCGGAUCAAGACUUUGGUUGGCUAGUUGACAAGAGGAUGACGAUUUCUUGGAGUGACUACGAAGGAAUUGAGAAAGUUGUCAAAGUGGCUCUUGGUUGUACCUCGGCUUCGCCUAAAGAUAGACCUUGUAUGACAAGAGUGGUUGAAAUGCUAAAGGGUUAUCAAUCCAGCAAAUAAGCCUAAGGAUUGGAUUCUUGUUUGCUUCUGCGGAUUCUUAAGAAUUCUUCUUAUAGAAUCAGUAGGAUACCUGGAGAUUUGGAUGAUUAGUGACUCUGGCUCCAUUCAACUUGGUUUCCAUCUUCAUGCCGCUCCAAACUCCUCGGAAGCACCAAAUAUAACAGCGAGAAAAUCAGUGGGAUAGGAUGAUGAAUCUGAAUUUGUAAAUACUUUCCUUUUAAAUGAGAAUUGAAAAUUUUCCUGAUAUUCCAAAAU